AAUUUUUCUCUGGCAGUAACAAACAGCGGUACUAAAGUAAUAAAGCAAAAAUUACGGGAAUUAUUCUUCUAAAUAAAUGUAAAAUCUGAGUGUUUCUGCAAAUAUUAGAGAAAAACUAUAAACAAAAGUAAAAUUUACGUCAAUAAAAUGAGUGAAGAAUUCAAACUGCCAAAACGUUCUCGAAAAAGGCUUCGUGAGGUAAAGCGUAGGGCACGUCCGGAGUUGGGGGACAAAGAAGCAUGGUCCGCCUUACGAUAUUACGAGAGAUUCCAAGAUUUUCAAAAAUUCGAAGAUAAUGUUGAACGCAUUAAGGAGUCCGACGUCAGUUCCGAGGAGUUUAUAGAGCGUUACGAAAAACCUUAUCUUCCAGUAGUAAUUGAGUGCUGCCAAGAAGGGUGGCCAGCAGAAGAAAAAUGGACAGUAUCACGACUUGCAAAGAAAUAUCGGAAUCAAAAAUUUAAAUGUGGAGAAGACAACGAGGGUUACAGCGUUAAAAUGAAAAUGAAAUACUAUGUUGAAUAUAUGCGGUCUACUCUCGAUGAUAGUCCCUUAUACAUAUUUGAUAGUAGCUUCGGUGAACAUCAUCGUCGUCGUAAAUUGCUUGAUGACUAUACGGUACCGAAGUAUUUCCGCGAUGAUUUGUUUAAACAUUGUGGAGAAGAUCGUCGUCCACCAUACCGUUGGUUUGUAAUGGGGCCGGAACGUUCUGGUACUGGUAUACACAUAGAUCCAUUGGGAACAAGCGCUUGGAACGCACUUCUUAGAGGCCAUAAACGUUGGUGCUUAUUUCCAACUCAAACUCCUAAAGAACUGUUAAAAGUACCUAGCGCCGUGGGCGGAAAACAACGCGAUGAAGCAAUAACUUGGUUCAACACAAUUUACCCACGAACUAAACAACCAGACUGGCCAGCAGAUUUUCGUCCCCUUGAAAUAUUACAAAAACCGGGUGAAACUGUAUUUGUGCCAGGCGGGUGGUGGCAUGUGGUACUGAAUCUAGAUGAAACGAUUGCCAUCACUCAAAACUUUUGCAGUCGCACAAAUUUCCCGAUAGUUUGGCACAAAAGUAUACGCGGUCGACCAAAAUUAUCACGCAAAUGGUUACGUGUUUUGCAAGAAAAAGAACCUGAAUUAGCAAAACUUGCAGAGAGUAUUAAUGUAGAACAGAGUACUGGCUUUGCUUCGGAUAGUUCCAGCAACUCAAGUUCAUCAUCCAGUUCCUCAUCGUCAUCAUCCGAAAACGAAGGUAAUGACAGCGAAAGUGGCAGCUCCAAUACGGAUAGUGGACAAGAAAGUUUAACGGCUAAGAAAAAGAAAAAGAGGCGCUUGGGAGGUGGUAUGGCAUCCAGCUCUUGAUGUCGGCUGCGUUGUAGUGAGGGAAAUGUAAUGAUAAACGCAGAGGUGCAAUACACUCCCUAUGAUAGUGUUCACCAAUCUAAAGAAGAAGGCAAAUUUAAAUUAGGUGAAUAUAAAAGCUUGACUAGAAUGCUCCGAAUGCGUUUGAAAACGCUACUGCACUGCAAGAGUUAACAUUUUAUAUCCAAGCACUUCAAGCCCAACAUUAAUUAAACUCAUUAAAUCAAACGAUCCAACAAUUCAGUUUAGCUAAAUAUAUUUAUGUAAGAAUUCUAAACAAUAUUUAACGCGGAUCUGAUUUAUUUUAAGCGACUGUAUACUUUUUAAUUUGUUUAGUGACACUAAGUAGUAACAGUAAAAUAUAUAGCGUUUCCAGUUUGAACUUUAAAAAUCAUAUUGAAACAUUACAUCAAAUAAAUGGUAUUAAAAAACUAUACAAAAUAUUCUAUCUUUUUGUUUUUCGAGGAGUGCUUACUCCGGGUAGGACUCAUGUUGGUGGUGGAUGGUGAGAUAAUAUGAAGUUUUGUCACUUAUUUGCGUUUAUGAAAUGUGUUUUGAUUUUUAUCGAUGAGGUUUUAAGUUAUCUCCCAAGAUAUUGUAUUUUAUAUAAAUUUAAUCAUAUAGUGAUGUAUGCCAGGACAACAAAUGGUGUUGCCGUCAAGAAAUGUACAAAAUCAGCGGACAUUCACCCACCACUUCAAUAAAAACAGCAAGUCAUGUACAUACAUUUUAUAAAAUUGUUUAUUUGGAAAUUCUAAACAAAUAGUAGACAAAUUGCAGCUAACUUAGAGCGAAAGGUUGGAAAUGAUAUUGAAUUGUUUGAAUAUCCGUUUGUGUUACCCUUUAAAAUUAAAAUAUACAUACUACCCACAAUGCUUAUAGGAUGGUUUUUUGUGUUGUGUUUCAUUACUUUUACUUAAUGAUUCAGACUGCGCUUAAUUUUAACUUUACCGUUACCCUCGCAUUAUUUUGCAUUGUUUUUUGUUUUUUUCUGUUUUACAUCCACAUCUGGUUUAGACUCUGAUUUUGUUGGGUUAUAGUUAUUUUUGUAAUAAUUUCUCUAUUUGAAGUAUUAAUAUGAAAUCAUUGUGGCACU